AUGUCAUCAGAUGAAGAAGAACGUAAACUUAAAAAAACAAUUUUUAAAAAUCCAGUUGAAGUACAAAAAGCUCGACUUGAACGUUUAAUGAAAAAUGUUGAAAAACCUGUGUUUAUACCAGAAAAAAAAGAUUCGAAAUUACCACGAGCUUUUGCACCACAUGAAUUUGUACGCAAUGUUAUGGGAGCAAGUGCUGGUGCCGGAUCUGGAGAAUUUGAUAUCUAUCGAGGUUGUCGACGACGCCAAAUCAUACGAGAAGCUUUUCUAAAUCGUCAAGCUAAAGAGAAAGAAGCAAGUGAAGAAUGGUUAGCAAAAGUUGAAAAUAAUAAGAAAAAAGCGGAAACACAAACAGCUAAAAAACGAAAAAAACGUAUGAAACGUAAAGGAAACUCGAAAAGUAAAAAACCUACAAAUGGUCAAAAUUCUAAUGAUAAAGAUGGAAAGAGUUCAUCAUCAUCGUCAGGAAGUGAUGAUGAAGAAGUAGAUGAAAAAACUUCAGAUACAGAAACGAAGACUUCAGAAACGCCAGUCACAAAGGCAGAAGAAAACCAAUCGGUUAAGGAACCUUCAUCACCAGUGCAACAACAACAACAACAAAAUGAAAAAACAAAUAUUCGACAACAUUUAAGACACAGAAAAGCUAGUUCAAGUGAUGAAGAAAAAGCAUAA